UUCAGAGCCCCCUCCUUGAGUCCUGGAAGCCCCUGCAGAAGUUUCAUGUGCUGCUAGCUGCUCAGUUUCCUCUCCAUCGUUGGACCGUCUGCAGGCUCUGGACUGGAUCCCUCUCACCUGUCAGGAUGUUCAUGCAUUUGGAGGCUUUCUAUUACAUCUUCAUUCUCCUGGCUAACAUGAGGUCCUGCUACUGCUGGUCAGUGAAUAAUUUCCUGAUGACUGGACCCAAGGCGUACCUGAUCUACUCCAGCAGUGUGGCGGCAGGCGCUCAGAGCGGCAUCGAGGAGUGCAAAUACCAGUUUGAAUGGGACCGCUGGAACUGCCCCGAGAGAGCUCUGCAGCUGUCCACGCACAGCAGCCUGCGCAGCGCUAAUCGGGAGACAGCGUUCGUUCACGCCAUCAGCUCAGCUGGGGUCAUGUACACUUUAACCAGGAACUGCAGCCUCGGAGACUUCGACAACUGCGGCUGCGACGACAGCCGCAACGGACAGCGAGGUGGUCACGGUUGGCUCUGGGGCGGCUGCAGUGACAACGUCGGCUUCGGCGAGGCCAUUUCCAAACAGUUUGUCGACGCUUUGGAGACGGGGCAGGAUGCAAGGGCGGCCAUGAAUCUUCAUAAUAACGAAGCCGGCCGUAAGGCUGUUAAAGGAACCAUGCAGAGGACAUGCAAGUGCCACGGCGUCUCAGGAAGCUGCACCACUCAGACCUGCUGGCUGCAGCUGCCCGAGUUCAGGGAGGUGGGGAUCUACCUGAAGGAGAAAUACCACCGUGCUCUAAAGGUGGACCUCCUCCGAGGGGCGGGGAACAGCGCGGCCAGCCGGGGGGCCAUCGCCGAGACUUUUAGCUCCAUCUCUCGUAAGGAGUUGGUCCACCUCGAGGACUCCCCCGACUACUGCCUGGAAAACCGCACCCUGGGCUUGCCGGGCACAGAGGGCCGGGAAUGUCUCAAGAAGGGGAAGAACUUGAACAAAUGGGAGAAGCGGAGCUGCAAGAGGCUGUGUGGGGAGUGCGGGCUGGCGGUGGAGGAGCGCAAAGCCGAGAUGGUGUCCAGCUGUAAUUGCAAAUUUCAUUGGUGCUGCGCGGUGAAGUGCGAGCAGUGCAGAAAGACAGUGACCAAGUACUUUUGUGUGAAGAAAGGGGGUCAGAGGGGAAGGAACGAGAGCGCCGGAAGCCGCCGGAAGAACCUCAGAUUGAGGAAGAAGCACUGAUCAUCUUCCCCUUCAACUUCUGUCGUCAAACAUGUACCAAUGCAGUCACCCACACUCUCGGGGGAAUGCUCAGAUAGUCUGCUAUCGGACUAAAACUUAGCAGAAAAUACAAGUUCCGACCACCGUCUCUGUCAGUUUUGUGUAAAUGGUUGGAGACAGCUAGAUGUGCACAGCCACAUGACAGCAAAGAUGAGGAGUGGAGGUCUUAAAACUUUGUAGAUUUUUUUUUGGUAUAUAUGUAUUUAAGAUAUAUUUUUAUACUUUAUACAACAUUUGGAAAAGUCACAGCGCAUUAAAAAAAUAGUUUUUCUCAGUCUUCAAAAAUUCCCACAAAUCCAUUUAUUUAUUUUUUACACAAAAAAAGGACUAUUGAGCUUUAGCAUAGUUAGCUUUUAAACUGACAACUGCCAGUCGAUCAGUAAUCAUUGUGUAUUUCGACUUAACUGCCAAGGUUUGAAUUUGUGAAGGAACAUUUUGGAUUUUUUUUUCAAGGACAGUCUGCCCUCCCAUCAUCCGUCUCGCCCUGACCCCUGCUGCCCCCCUUGUUGUAUUUAAUUGUAUAUUAAAUGAAGCACUUUGUACUGUACAUUGUUAAUUUAUUUUCGCAGCGUUUAAUAGUUUUUCUUUGUUGUUAGUCGCCCCUUUGUGGUAUGUUUUCUGUUCAAAAUGUAUUGGAAGAAAAAUAAAUCCCUCAGUGUUACGUAUCAUUCAGCCUGUAGAAAGUCUUCAUCCUCCUUUAACACACUCUUUGUGACAUUAAUGCCUCGUGGUUUGCGG